AAAGCGUUUUACAUGACUCUCUUUGCUUAGCUUCAUAAAAGGACUUUCACUGAGCCAGCAAUUCCCAUAUAAAAAAAAUCUCUUUUUUUUUUCUUCAUUUCUUUCCUUCGAAUCUUUUUAUUGACCCCCCAACACAGCUACACUUUCCUUCUGGUUUCUUUUGAUUCUCUACCAAUCCCUACAUAGAAAGCACCCAUCUUUCUUCUUUCUUCUUUAUUCUUAUUCCCUCUUAUGAUAUAAUCUUGAAUUUGAGUUUCAGUGCCUUACAAGAUAUGGGGUUAUCUGGGAAUCCACAAGUUGAUGGCGGGAUAGAAGCGGAAGGCAAAAGUUGGCUUAUUGCUGGGAUUUCUUUACGGGCUCCUCUGAAGCCGAUACACACGAGGUAUGUAGAGAAAGAACAGGGUAAUAAUGGUGAUGAUGAUGGGUGUUCGACGACUCCUACAAGUCACGAAGCGAGAAUACCGGCGAAGUUGCCGUGUCCACCUGCUCCGAGGAAGAGAAAGUCUACUUUGAAGUGUAAUUAUAGUGGUGUUAGGGAGUUCUUUACUCCUCCAGAUUUGGAAACUGUUUUUAAACGCCAUGUUGAAAGGGCCAAUUGAACUUCCUGCUAUAUGACUUAGAAUGCUUCUUCUUCUUUCUGUCUGCUCCAACCUGUGUUUUUCUCCUUUGUUUUAGAGCUUUUGCAGUGGCUAGCUAGGCGUUUAUGUACAGGGUUAAUUCAUAGAUAAAUAAAAUUCAACUUUAGCUGCUUUA